GCACGCACGUGUUGGCGUAGAGACAUUUCUGGACUAAUUUGCCACCUUUUCAGGGUUUUCAGGGAUCACAGUGGUCGCUUUGAGGUGGACAUAUUAUUGCGUACUGUACUGAAUGUGUGUCAUGACUGUUAGAAGAAGAGAAACGCUUUAAUUAAUGCUCACUAUCGGCGGAGGGCUGGAGGAGCUAGGCUAGCGUUAGCCUAGCCGGAGAACAACAUGUUCAGACUUAUCCCCGGACACGUGAGCGAGGGAACAACCACACGCAGCAGAAAAUGACUCAUUUUAAAACCUCAAGAUUAAACAAAAUGGAUUACCAGUUCCCACGGCAGCUUUUUCCUUCGUUUUUUAAACGUGGACCGCCGGACUUGGUCCUGAAACACUGUGGAGGAAACUGGGGCUGCUACGACCAAGUCAGACUUGAGGGCGGCUCUGAUCCUCUCUCCAGCUGGAACUUUACAUCCAAACAUCAGGUGAGAGGAGAGACAUGGCGACACACCGAGCCCGUGCCCAUUCCCCUCCUGUCCCCCAAAAACCAUUAUCUCUGGCCUUCCAAGCCUCCAGAUCCACAGCACUUCACAGAACAUAUGCAGAACUUCUUCAUGGAUCACCGCCACGACGCCUUCGGGUGCAUGAGUGAAAUUCUGGAUGCAGAUUUCAACUUCACACAAGGAAAGAAAAAGAUAUAUCGCAAGGACUCAGUCAGCAUGUGGAAGAUCAGAGACCACAUGGACUUGCUGAAAUAUAACAUAUGCCGGCAGACAUGUCGCUCCAAAACCCUGGAGGCUUACUGCGUGCUGCUGUCAGACAUCGUGCACGACAUCCCCCCCGAGCUGCUGGGCUCUCUGCUGCACGAGGAGCUGACGGAGCAGAGAGAAAGCCUGCUGUUCUCUGAAGGAGCCACAGGGGGCGCACUGAACUACAUCCCCUUCUCACAGAGUGACGGCUGCCUCAUCUACCCUGGAAACCAAGGACUGGACCGCCUCAACUUCCACAGAGUGGAGCUGGAGCACCACAGAGGAAUUUCUUCCUGUGUGGACACCACCAGCAGACCGUUCAGCUUCAAGCUGAAAGGCCGCAUCAGACAGAUCAGCUCCGCAUCGCUCCUUGACGACUGUUGUGUUGCUGUGCGCUCAGAUCACCUGUGCGGAGUUUGGAGAUUAAACCAAAGCAGCGAACCUCAUUUGCUGCAGGUCAUCAACACCAGAGAGGUCGCGACCUGCAUCAACAUCAGUCCUCAUGUUUUAGGUGAAGUUCUCGUGGCGAGUGAGACCGGAGCAGUAAACCUGUGGAGCGUUGGCAAAGGGAUACAGAAGGUUCGGGAGGAGGACAGCAAUAUGUAUUUCAACGCCAAGUCAACUUGGCGAUGGUGCGAGUUUUCCGCCCACCCGAGGGUGAUGCUGUAUGCCGACAGGACAGGGGUGGAGCUCUCUGACAUCAGGGUGAGUCCAACCUCCAGUCACACUCUGUUUCGUAUCAGCAACACCUCCAAGUGUCGCAGUGGAGAGAGGCUCAUCCUGUCCAAAUACCUGGAAGACGUGAAUCCCUUCCACCACCUCAUCACCACUCAGUGCUCGGCAUACAUCAUGGACGAGCGUUUCCCGUGCGUGCCAGUGCUGAAAUGGGACCACUUGAUGCAGUCCCCACCAAUGUUCUGUCACGUUGUCCCUGGCUCCGCCUCAUCUGGCUCGGCAGCGGCCAUGUCCGGAACGGCUAAGGUCCUGCUCGGCUCCCAAAACACUCAGGAAAUUACAAUGCUGCAGUACUCAGGAGGCAGAGCAGAGGCCUGUUCCAGUCGAGGUCCUCCUCAGGCUCUGCUCAGACCCAGAGACAGUCUCAGACACCUUCCUAUGCAGCUCCCUCACCGCCUGGAGACAGCAACCAACAGACUGUCCUCACCUGCUGCAGGUCUGACUUGUAUCCAGAAGAGAGGAGGAGGAGGAGGUGAGGAGUGUAUCUGCGUCCUACAACUCACAGAGGCUGGAGAUAUUUUCUAUCAGGUUCUUGAACCCGAGCAGUCGGACACUUCUCGAAAUCCAGCCGCAGAUGAUGAAUCAGCAUCUCAACAGCUUCCACUGUCGCAAGCAGCACUGACGGACUCUCAGGCGGUGGCGUCGGACACAUCGAGCAAUGAGGACGUAAUCGGCCCGACACAGAGUCUGAGCGUGCAACGGUUUGUGCCUGAAACCCAGAAUGUAUACUCUGACACUUCAGCUGAUGAUUCAGAGGCAGAAAGAAAUAGACGAUUAUUGAAGAAGUUGAAACUGAAGGUUGUCGUUAAUGACGAUCCAGAGCUGGACAAGGGGAGUGGAUCGGACGCAUGUGUAAAAGAUGGACAGGUGAGUACAAAUAAGGCUGAUGGUGCUGUAGAGGAAAUGGUCAAUGCCUCCAGCAGCUUGAGUCACGUGGAUCCUCCUAAGCAGCAGACUCCAGAGGAGCUCAGUGACACCACCCUCAUCACGUGGAAACACUGGCUCCAGAAGGUGAUCCACAGGAGCCACCAAAACAAUCCUCAUCCACGCCACCUGCCGUAUUUCUCCAUCCCCACAGAAGACGUCCUCCAACCAUCCAAGAACGCUGAGACAGAUCGGACAGAAGAGAAGAGUGUGCAGAGGGUGAGGCGUGACCUGAGAGGGUGCAUGUCCAACCGGGCUCUGCUAGUUAAUGACACAGUCUCCGCCUCUGCCAGACCUGAAGAGAAAGUACCGAUUCCAGACCCGGUGGACACGGGAGUCUGGGCCGACCCGCUCAGCCAACGCCUGACCACUGCAUGGCAGGGAGACGAGGCGUGGAGGGCGUGGUGGGUGGAGAAGCUGGGACUGAACAGGGAGGCGAAGGUGCAUGCUCUAAAGAGGAAGAGGAGAAGGGAGAAGGAGGCGAGGAGAGCCUCUGGCCAAGGCUUGGUCCUGUCCGGGAGCUUCACCUCAUCCGUCAGCUACCAGUCGAAGUUGGAUGAUUUCUCCGAAUCAACCGGCUGGUCCUCGGAGGCGAGCCAGAGGGGGUUGUCAGACGCAGAGGGGAUGGGGCUGUUGUCCCAGCUUCAUUCCUUCAUGGAGCAAGAGUCAUCCACCGCCGUGCAGACUGACAUUCCAGGUCCAACACCAACCACCACACCUCAGAAGACGAAAGAGAAACAAAUUGACCAGCAGACCCCCUGCACCCCUUCCCUGUCCCAGAGACUCCCACCUGUAUCCACACCGGCCAGUCAGAAGAGGAGAAGACGUCCAGCAGAGGAUUACCUCAGCUCUCUGUUGGCACCACAGGACCAUCCCUCGCAGCACGACGGUCACUUCCUGGGCGAAGGGAGGGUCACACAGCCCGCAGCACCACUCGCAGCCUCUCUCCCCUCCUAUCAGCUCAGUAGCACUCAGAGGAGCGUCAGGGUGGAUCUGUCUCAGGACUCCUGGUCACGGUUCUCCCAGUCUCUGCCAGUUUCCCAGAGUUCACAGGGUCGACCGGGACUGUCACAGGCGUCACAAGCGAAGAAGAAGAAGUCUCGAAUGGGAUUUUGAUUGGUUCGUCAGGCUGUCCGUCACACAGGAGGAGGAGUGUGUCAUUCGGAAAUCUUAAAAUUCAAAAUGCAGCGAGAUUGAGGAUUUUUUCUUUGGUUUUAUUUCACGUGUACACUUUUUUUUCCUUUUUUUUUUACUUUUUGAUUAGUUUUUUUCUGUAACACGAAUAAACGAGUCUUGAAGGACUUCAAGAGUUUGAAGGCAUCCCGUCACGAGGAUGUUCUACCUGUCAAAUGGUAGCCCUCCAUUUGACUCUGACGGAAAUUGUACCUCCUUUUCGUUGUCAGCAUCAUGAAAGUUUCUUCAGCUGCUUCAGGAUUGUAAAAUGGAUCGUGGAACGGUGAUGUUUACCGGGAUUGUAAUUGCAAAAUGCUGGUUCCAUGUUGGAAAAGGAUCUAUGUGAAGACAUCUGGAGGCUGAAGAUGACAGAAGGCACUCUUUGGUAGGACUGAGUGGAAUUUCUUCCUUUUGUUUUGUGGCUGUGUGUUUUGUUUGCUGCUGUUGUUUUGUUUUUCAGAAGGCGCUGACUCAGCAAGGUGAUGUUUCACUAUGUUUUGAGUGAUUUCUAUUUCACUGGUUCAGUAUUCAAAAUUGAAGAAGACAAACAUGAACUAGAGCUGUGCAUGGACUCUAAUAGAGGACGCAGCGUUUCUAGAGGAGUCUUGAGAGACUUUUAUUGAUUUGAAUCGGAGAUAAAAGCAGAAAAGAACCAAAGAGUCAAAUGAAAUGUGAAACUCAAAAAUACUUAUUGAGUAUGAUAAUGAUUAGGAAAAAAACAUCUUGUCAGAAAUAAAUUGACCUGGCCGUGUGAGGUAAUCUGAUUGGCUAGUAUACUGAAGACACUGGUUAUUAUUUGACCUGUAUGACUGACUGUAUGAGUCAUUUCUGUUUUGUUAAAAGCUGUCAAAUAUAGAGACUGUACAGAGUCUGGAUAUAUCUGGUGAUAAUUGCCUUUUCUACUUCUUCUCGGGCUGUUUUUACUUUGUUAAAUUAACGAAGAUGUCACUCACAAUGAUGAAAUAUAUUUAUAAAACUGCUUUUCAAAAUAAAGCUCAAGCGGUUUAAACAAAGGAAGCUCGAGUUUUCAAUGAUUAACGGGAAGCUUUUCAGUCUGUUCUGAAA